GCUCCGCCAUAGGCGGCUACAGAUGUCCUGGCCGGAGAUUCCCUGCCGGCACCCAGUGAUCGCCGAGUAACACUGACAGGGGAGAGACCUGUGUGUAAACAACACAGGUCUCUCUUCUGCCAGCAUGGACAUGCUGCUUUGUAUUGUAUUACAGCAUGUUUCCCUAGUAAAAUACACACAACACACAGUAAAACAGCACACAGUUAACCCUUUGAUCACCGCAGAUGUUAACCUCUUCCUGCCCAGUGUCAUUAGUACAGUGUCAGUGCUUUUUAUUAGCACUGAUCACUGUAAUAGUGUCACUGGGGAUAUCAGUGGCAGUUUGUCAGCCGCCCCCCCCCCCCCCCCCGUGUGUCAGAAUGCCCGCCGCAGUCCCUCAGUCCCGCUAUAAGUCACUG